CAUUUUAAGCUUUUUUUUUUUUUGGACUUUUGAAAGUGUCAUCUUUUCUAUAUACCAUUUCUGUUUGAGCAAAAUUAUACACACCUGCUUUCUCUGUCAUGUCCUGUAAAACUGUCCUUGCUUCAAAAGUUUCUGCUUCCUUCAGAUCUCAAAUCAAAGAAGAUAUCAAACAUCGAGAUAUUCGUCCAAAGUUGGUUGGUUUUCUUGCCAAUGAAGAUCCCGCUGCUAUGAAAUAUGCUGAAUGGACAGCAAAGACCUGCGCUGAAACGGGUGUAGAAUUUGAACUUCGCAAAGUGGAUAAACUAGAAUUGGAGGCAAAGAUCACAGAAGCCAAUGAUGAUAAAGACGUCAAUGGCAUCAUGGUUUACUACCCAGUAUUUGGUGGAAAGCAGGAUCUGUAUUUACAAAGUUGUGUCAGUGAGCUCAAAGAUGUUGAAGGACUCUGUCACAAGUUUGUUCAUAACGUAUAUCACAAUAUCCGAUUUAUGGAUGAAAAGGAAACCAUGAAGUGUAUUAUUCCAUGCACACCACUCGCUAUUGUAAAGAUUCUUGAGUUCAUCGGCGUUUACAACCCAGUCAUUCCUUAUGGCAACCGUCUUUACGGACGUACCAUUGCCGUUGUUAACCGUAGUGAAAUUGUGGGCCGUCCUUUAGCGGCUAUGCUGGCCAAUGAUGGUGCGAAAGUGUAUUCGAUUGAUGUCAACGGCAUCCAGCUUUUUACCCGUGGUACAGGCAUUAAAUUGGCCGCUCAUAAAGUCGAAGACAUUAGUCAAAGUGUGGAAGAAGUGAUACCUCAAUGUGAUGUCGUGAUUACCGGUGUGCCUACUCCCAAAUACAAGAUGCCAACUUCUCUUUUGAAAGACGGUGUCGUGGCUAUCAAUUUCUCUUCCUCUGCUAAUUUUGAAGAAGAUAUCAAAUCCAAAGCUUCUAUUUUCGUACCUUCUGUAGGAAAAGUAACAGUAGCCAUGUUGGAGCGUAAUUUGCUCCGACUUUAUGACUAUCAACAUAAUUUGACAGAAAAGAAAUCAGAGGCAUAGAGUGGCGACUUUUUUAUUCACAAUAA